AUGGUGAAAAAACAUUUCUUCAAGCCUCUGCUUCCCGGCUUCCUCAACCACUUGACGAUUCCUACAGCAUUCUUCUUGAAAUGCAUAGAAGGAAGAACUGAACAGAAGAUGGCGAAUCUGAGAUCAGACGCAUCGAAGAUAACAUGGGGAGUGAAGGUAGAAGACGGCCAGAAACUCACUGAUGGUUGGAAAGAGUUCGCUCUUGCACACGAUCUUCGAAUCGGUGACAUUGUCGUUUUCAGACAAGAGAAAGACAUGGCUUUCCAUGUAACACUCUUGGGACCCAGUUGCUGUGAGAUUCAAUAUGAGUCGUGUCUAGACGAGAACAACCUCGGGAAGACUCCACAGAAGAAGAAAGUGAAGAAGAAUCCAAGAAAAGAAACAAAGUCUUCCUCACUAGAUCCCCCUUUUUUAGUGUGGAAUGUCGCACCUUCGACACUACGUUAUGACACACUGUAUUUACCAACGAGGUUUGUGAGGGAAAAUGGUAUAGAGACAGGAUGUGGAGAGAUUAUUCUGAAGAAUGAAAAGGGAUCAUCAUGGACUUUAGCUUUGAGACAAAAACUAUGUGGAACUAUUUUUAUCACAAGAGGAUGGAGAAGUUUCUGUCGUGCCAAUAGACUUGAGGCUGGAGAUUCCUUCACUUUCAAACUCAUCCAAGGAGGAAGAACUCUUGUUCUACUUUUGUCCACCACAGAGUCCAAAGAAGAAGAAGAAGGAGAGAGCUCAGAAGGUGAUCAAAUAGACUCUGAAAGCGAUCAAGAGAGCAAUCCCGAAGAGAUUCAGAGAAAGAAGAAAGUGAAGAAAGAUCCAGAGAGAGAAACAGAGUCUUCUUCACUAGAUCUUUCUUGUUUUGUGGCUAAAGUCUCGCCUGCGGCACUACGCUAUGAUACGCUGCGUCUUCCAAUGAGUUUUGUGAGGGCAAAUGGUCUACACACAAGAUGUGGAGAGAUUGUUCUGAUGAACGAAAAGGGUAGAUCAUGGACGUUAAACUUGAGACGCAAGAAAUCAUGUGGGACUAUGUAUAUCAGAGGAGGGUGGAGAAGUUUCUGUCAUGCCAAUGGAAUAAAAGCUGGAGACUUCUUCACUUUCAAACUGAUCAAAAGAGGAGGGACUCUGGUUCUGCGCAAGUCUCCUUCACCCACAGGAUCCGAAGAAGAAGAAGACUGCUCGUCAGAAGGUGAUGACAUGGAGUCUCUCUCCACAGAAUCCGACAGCGAUGAUGAAGAAGAGAUCAACCAAGAUGAGAAAAGCUUCGAGAAGCCUAGACUGACAGGGAAAGCUUCAUCUUCAGCUCUUAAUCUAAACCAAAACCGAUUUUUGACAUUAAAUCUUACAGCUCUUGCUCUAGAAAGGUCUAGACUGUUUCUUCCGGUACCCUUCACGAGAAUGAAUGGCAUCAAUGAGGAAACUAAAAUGACUCUGUUGGAUAAAGACGGUGUGAAGUGGUCUACGAAUGUUCGGUCUGAGAAGGGAUAUGAUAGAAAAAGAUUGGUUGGAGGCUGGAAAGAGUUCUUCAAAGCUAACUGUGUGAAAAUAGGUGAUUCAAUCAUGUUGAAGCUGAUUUGGGAAGAAGACAGAAGAUGUGUCCUUAAGUUCUGCUCUAAGGUGAAGCAAGAGACCAGAUGA